AAAGCCCCACCAAAUUAAAAUAUUAAGCUUUUGAAACAAGAAUGGAGUAUUGAUUAAUAAACAAUAAUAUGCCCCUCUUUUUUUCAUUGUUCUUUAUGAUAGAAUGAGUUCAUCAGAGAAAUUUUAGAAGAAAGGAAGAAGAAGAAGAAGAAAUGAUGGAGGGUGUAAUGACCUUCACUGCUAUGAUAAUGGUGGAAAUCAUGGAUGUGAUCACAUCAACACUAAGCAAAGCUGCCAUGUCCAAAGGAAUGAACACCUUGGUUUUUGCUGUCUAUUCUAAUGCUCUUGCCACUUUCCUUUUUCUUCCCUUUCUCCUCCUAUCUCGAUCCAGAGAUAAAGAGGCCACCCCUCUCUCUUUCUAUAUGAUCCUUGGCUUCUCUCUCCUUGGGCUUAAUGGGAGUGUGGGACAGAUAAUGGCAUAUACAGGCAUAAAGUACAGCUCUCCAGUUCUUUUAUCAGCACUCUCAAAUCUAAUCCCCAUUUUCACCUUUCUUCUUGCUGGUAUUUUCAGAAUGGAGAAAGUUGAUUUGAGAAGAAGCAGUGGGAAAGCCAAAUGUGUGGGAACCAUUUUAGCUGUAUCAGGAACUUCCUUAAUAACUCUUUACAAAGGCCCAUUGCUAAUCAAUCUCUCUUCUUCUAAGUCCUUUGUGAAACAACAAGAUGAUGAUCAUAUACUUCUCUCACACAAUUCAAACUGGAUCUUUGGAGGUUUUCUAUUAUUAAUCGCUAGUUUUCUCUCCGCAAAUUGGCACAUCGUACAGACAUGGUUUGUUAAGAAGUACCCGACCAAAAAGGUGACAAAUCUAUUCUUCUUCUCAUUAUCCAUGGCAGUCCAAACUGCAGCCUUCACCUUCAUCGUCGAAACAAAUCCAGUUGUUUGGCAAAUCCGACCAGACAUCGAAAUGGUCACCAUCAUAGUCUCGGGCAUAGGGGGUGUGGUUCGUAUAGGAGUCCACAUAUGGUGCUUGCAAAGGAAAGGCCCACUUUAUGUGGUAAUGUUUAAGCCCCUCGGCAUGGUCGUCGCCAUCCCCUUAGUCGUUACCUUUCUUCAAGAACCGCUUUAUCUCGGCAGUGUGAUGGGUUCGAUCGUGAUUACAUGUGGGUUUUAUAGUGUGAUAUGGGGUCAGAUCAAACAACAAGACUUGAUCUUACCUUCUUCUACUUCUCACUCUCAAUCGGUCUACGCCUCUGAAUCACCAUCCACUCCGCUUUUGUCGAACUAGGACUGUUAAGUGCAUAUUUGGAAGUGAUUUUAAAACGUAAAAAAUUAAUGCAGCAUAGGUAACAUAGGUAACAUCCAAUAACAAUAUAUGCUAUGUGGCAAAUUUUUGUUUAAAAAAGUUGAAUUGUUUUAUUUUGA